GCAUUUGCAUUUACUCUUCAUUCAUUUGUUCUCUCUCUGUGUGUGUGCGUGUUUAUUGCGAGAAGAGAAUUCGGAAGAUUCAGAUCCGCGUUUCUGAGAGAGAAGAAUAAGAAAGGAUUUGUCAGAAAUGGCGACGGUGUCCCCUCUCGCCAAAUACAAGCUCGUUUUCUUGGGCGAUCAAUCUGUUGGCAAAACCAGCAUCAUCACUCGCUUCAUGUACGACAAAUUCGACACCACCUAUCAGGCUACUAUUGGUAUUGACUUUUUGUCAAAAACAAUGUAUCUUGAAGACAGAACUGUUCGUUUGCAGCUUUGGGAUACUGCAGGGCAAGAAAGAUUUAGAAGUCUCAUUCCAAGCUACAUAAGAGAUUCUUCUGUUGCAGUUAUUGUAUAUGACGUUGCUAACAGGCAAUCAUUUCUGAACACUAACAAGUGGGUUGAGGAGGUGCGUACAGAACGUGGCAGUGAUGUUAUUAUUGUCUUGGUUGGAAACAAAACUGAUCUUGUUGAUAAAAGGCAAGUUUCUAUAGAGGAAGGAGAAGCCAAGUCCCGCGAGUUUGGAAUCAUGUUUAUAGAAACCAGUGCAAAAGCCGGCUUCAAUAUCAAGCCUUUGUUUCGUAAGAUUGCUGCUGCCUUGCCAGGAAUGGAAACUCUUUCUUCUACAAAACAGGAAGACAUGGUUGAUGUAAAUUUAAAGCCCACGGUGAAUUCAUCCCAGGCAGAGCAGCAAGGAGGUGGUUGCUCAUGCUAGAGAAGACCAUUCUCAUAAGAGCCAAUAUUUGUUCACUGAACAUGAUUCCGGGAUGGGCUGCUCGAAUGGAAUGAUAAAGCUGGAGGAAGUGUGCUUUCAUAUCGAUGAUCCUUCACUCCUUCAGUUUACUUGGUGAGGGGGACAAAUUGCUGUAAUGGUUUUGAUGUACGGCCCAAAUAUUGUUAGUUAUUUUUUUAUUUGUUAUGCAAUUAGUCCCUUAAUGUAAGAAUACAGGUAAUAAACCAGUUUUCCAAAUUGUCUAAGGUUUAUGUUAUCCUUUAGAAAGGCAAACUAUUUACAAGGCCUGAAAUAAAUUACCCUCCAUCCGACCCCUUUUUUUGGGGGGGCACCGCGUCCUAUCCAAAGCAGAAUUUUGCCUGGUUUAUGGGUGUGCCUAUGGAUCUGGUUUGAC